AUGGUUACCCAGUGAGAGAGGGAGAGAACGAGUUAAUAAGAAAGAAGUCAGACAGUAAACAGAUAUAGAGUGACCUAGCUAGGGAUAAGAGCAAGAGAAGGAGGGAGGGAGGGAGGAGAGAGUGAUAAAAAACUAUGGUAGAUAUUUCAGUUCUAUAUUUAAGAGAUGAGGAAUUAUGUACAUUAUUUUACAUUUGACGGAUAUUGGUCCUCAUCUUGUUUGUUGUUAACACAACGUUUCGGCUGAUACACCCUCCAGCCUUCGUCAGGUGUCUUGGGGAAAUUUCGAACCUGGGUUCUCAUUCCUAACGAUGUUACUAUUAUUAUAUUAUUAUUAUUAUUAUUAUUAUUAUUAUUAUUACUAUUAUUAAUCAGGUCGAUGCCGUGAAUCGAACUCGGAAUCUUGGGGUUAGUAGCCCGCGCUCUUAACCACUACGCCAUAUGCCCGGGCUACUAACCCCAAGAUUAGGCCCCUAUUGGGGGUGGGGGUGUUAAUGUCACCUACCAACUCUCCAUUUCUACUAUCACACCACUUGCUCUCCACAUCCAAUCAUUCUACUUUUGAACUUCUUUGACAACCGUUGGACUUACAACACCUUAUAUCCUCUCCUUGAAUUUUCUCCGCCUUUCUAUUCUGUGUAAACCAUAUCUCUGUAUUUAUAUAUGUAAACUAUACUAUUCAGCACCUGAAAGUCUUUUUUCUCGUUUGGCAGGUAUACAUAUAUACAUAUAUUUUCUUAUCCGAGCUGUUACAUUUAAUUUCUAUAUCACACAAUUAUCUAUCUUUCUAUCUCUCUUUCUCUUUCUUAUUUCUUCUCUCCUUCACAAUCAACAAAUGCAAUGUGUUACAUAAACAGUUGAUUGAAAAUUAUUUGUUUGCAACACACACAAAGCAAAGAAUGAAAAUCUGUGGCCGAAGAUGUUUGGUCUUUGUCUUUUUCAUAACAAUAAUCACAUACAUUUGUUUUCUUCUUCUUCAAUGUAAAUCCAGCGAACAACUAAAUAUAGUUAUUGGGAUACAGCAGCCUGUUUCUUACGUAAGCUAUUCAUCUCUACUUAUACCAGGACAACAAUCUGAUAACGACCGUAUGACAGCUCAACUAAAAUAUGUCUUAUCCGCAAAGCAAAAACGGGGAAAUGAUAAAAGGAAUGUGGCCCCAAAUCAGUCAGAGGCUGCUGACAAAAUUCGACAAAAGUUUAAAACAUUAUUGAUCUACAAUUUAAAGUAUUUGAGACCGUUGAAAGAAAAUCAAGAGAGUUUCUUGGAAUAUGGCUGCCCAGUCAAUGAAUGUCUGGUGACAAACGACAAAGCGAAGCAAAAUAGCGUGGAUGCGAUUUUCUUUUAUGAGACAGUAGGAAUAUCCGAAAAACCGAAACACUCAAAUCAGAUAUGGAUAUAUAUGACCCAGGAAUGUCCUAACUUCAACCCAUCGGUUAAACACUUGGAGAACAGAAUCAAUUGGACGAUUACAUAUCGCCAGGACAGUACCAUUGUAUAUCCUUAUGGGAAAUUUCAAUAUUUCAAAAAGUCAGUAACACAAAAAACACAAUCCAUAAAUUAUGCCAGGGGAAAAACAAAGAAGGUUGCUUGGUUCACUUCCAGUUGUUGUCCUAGCAACGAUCGAAUGGGCUAUGCUAAGGAACUCGGAAAAUAUAUCCAGGUGGAUAUUUAUGGUAAUUGUGGUACAAAAGUUUGUGAAAAAAGGGACAAAUGGAAUUGUUUCCAGAUGUUACAGAAUGAAUAUAAAUUUUACUUGGCAUUUGAAAAUUCCAAUUGUAGAGAUUAUAUUACGGAAAAAUUUUUCAUCAAUGCAUUGCAACACAAUACUAUUCCGAUUGUAAUGGGUGCCCAUCCCGACGACUACCGUGAAGUAGCACCUGAGAAUUCGUACAUUCACUACGAGGAUUUCAAGACAGCCAAAGAAUUAGCAGCUUACCUGCAUAAACUUGAUCAAAACGAUAUUCUUUAUAACGAGUAUUUCAAAUGGAAAGGAACCGGAGAAUUUGUCCAUGUCCAGCUUUGGUGUCAUGUUUGUGCGAUGUUACACCAUGCCUUAUGGGACAAGAAACCAAUCUGGUAUGAAAACUUAGGUGCUUGGUGGGCAGGGAAAGGUAUGUGUAUCGGAAAGGACCGGUGGACAUAAAACAUUGGAUAGUGUGAUAUAAUCUAUGUGAUGUAAUAACUGACCAGUCUCAAAUAUAUUUUGAGAGAGAGACAGAGGGAGAGAGAGAGAGAGAGAGAGAGAGAGA